GUUUAAAAAUAGUUUGACAUCACAAGGCUAGCCAACCAAUCAGGCCAUUGCUACGUCGGUGAUCACGUGUGGAGUCACAUUAUAUAUGUCAGAGCUACAGAUCGGAGUUAUCAGAUCGUCUGCUGCUCCUUCAUUCAAACAUGGACGAUGCCAAUAUCCCCGUCGUAGAUUUCUCUUGCUGCCGUCUUGGGACCCCACCCCUGAAUUCUGAUGGCGAAGUUCUUGAUGUGGUGAAGCAGAUCAAGAAAGCGUUUAAUGAUUCUGGAUUCGUCUACUUGAAGAACCAUGGAAUAGACCAAUCUUUGGUGGACGCCGCAAGGUCAGUAUCACUUGAUUUCUUCAUGCUGCCGAAUGAGAGGAAGCAGCGCUACAGACGACCUGGAGACAAGGCUGGCACCGAUGGCUGGAAGCCUAUGCCAGGAGAGAAGGGAACCGAUAUCAAAGAGAAUUACAACUAUACGCAGUACAGCAAAGCGACCUGGCCGGAAGACGGUGGCGCUGAUGUCCCUACCUUCUGUGCAACCAAUGCCAAGUUCUUCGAGGCGUGCUCAGGGCUGUCGCUGAAGGUUCUGCAAGUUCUCGGAAAAGCGUUCAUCCUUCCCCCAUCGGACGAAGAAUUCUUCGCAAAAUCCCAUCAAAAUAUGGGUCACUAUGACAAGAAUAGGACGAGACUCAAGAGUAUAUACUACCCACCAUUGCUGGAAGCACCUCAACCUGGCAAAGUAAGACUUGCUGAACACAAAGAUUUCGGCACCAUUACGUUACUCUUUCAAGACAAUAUUGGUGGACUCGAGAUCGAGCUGAAAUCUGGCGAGUACAAGGCAGUGGUACCAGAGCCUUGCACUAUCCUGGUCAUGGCUGGCCAACUCAUGGAGAGGUGGACUGCCGAUAAAAUACGGGCUCCGAGACAUCAAGUUCUUAUUCCGAUGAAGGAAUAUCAACUGAAAAAUGGUCGCCAGUCCUUGGCGUUCUUUGCUCAUCCUGACAAUGAUGUCACGAUCAGCUGCCUGGAUGGGUCGAAUAAGUACGAGCCUAUCAAUGCACUGGAUUGGAAAGAGUCUGCAGGGAAGGCGCAUUGAUGGAUUUAAGUGCAUCCAUUGAUGUAUGCAAUUAAGCUGAGCCCGCCAUGCAUAUUUGCAUACACGAUAUCUGUAGAUGAACGUAGUGAUUUAAAUUAUUUUACUGUCUUUGCUCGUGACAUGGCCGACAACAUCUUUGCAUACGAAUGGGUUAACAUACAUUAUUUCACCUAUUUUACAUAAACGGACGACUUCAAAAGCCUUUAGAAAACUAUUUUUCGCAUCUUAGAAGACAACGAAUCGUUCUAUCGAGUUUCGUUGGGCUUCCGAUAACGACGACCUUCCUGAUUCUCCGGAAUGAGUUAGAAUUGAUGUUCAUUGGACUAACCUCGACAUUCGCCCGGAUGACCGUUUUCUAGUGUGCUAUCCGAAAUAAUUUGAAAUGAGCGCAUUAUGGGGGGGGGGGAUCAAGUUACAAACUUUAGUAUAUAGACUUGUUGCAAUUAUAGAUUCAUUUGAAUGCACACCGUUUGGCAGUUCUAAGGCGAUGUGUGAGGAUAUUUUACAUAAGUCCACUGAGUAAAUGUUUGUGUAUGGUACCUGUUCAUGUUUACAUGUGCGAGUAUGUAUCUUUAUUUAUAUAUAGUGUUCUAUCACCUAUGGUAAUGGUUGAUCAUUAAGAGUGUUCUAACGUUUUUUUCACAUGUGUAUGUACAUGUAAGGACGUUUGACAGUACCUCCGUGGUACAUAUGACACGAAUAGGAUGUUAGAUAUGUAUAUCAUGAUUGCGUAUGUAGUUUCAAAAACGUAUAUGUUUAUGGUAAUUCGCAUAUAUUUUAACUCAAAGUGCCAUAAUAGGAAAAUGUUCGACACAAGUUCCUUACUUUAAUUCUGUAGACUAGACCGGGCUUAUCAAAACAUGUAUGUGUGAAGACAUGUCAUUCUAUCUCGGAUCGCUGUAUCUGCAGUCCAUUUCCUGAGUGGUGAAAGCAAAAAAGCCGGAAAAUGGUUAGUAACAUGGAUUUGACUCAUUUUGGCUUAAUGGCGCUCGUUCUUGGCCAUGCGUUGUCCGAUUCCGGCUGAAGUAGGUGUUUACAGCAUGGGGAUUCAUGUCUUACACGUACGAACAAAGUGAUUUCUUACCUGUCUUUCUUCAUCGUGCAGUCUAACACAGCAUAAAAGCUCCGCACCGGUGUAAGGUUGUAAAGGCAUCUUACAUAAAAGCCAUUUGUCGCUAGCGGGAUUAAGUUCCUGGCUGUUCGGCGCUUGCGGACGCUGGUUUCUGGACUGACACUGUCUUCACCUUCUGUGUUUUGAAGAGCCGUUUUCUCAUCAAAAAUGGACUAGAUAAUUAUCUAGUCUCUGACAGCUUAAAAGGUUACGGCGUUCAUAAUCGCUGAUGAUCCAGAACUUCAAAAAUAAAAAUGCAGUUAUAUACAAUGUAAAAGUGCAAUUAUCAUGCUUGCAAAUGUAUUGAAACUUGGUUUAAUAUAUUAUUUUAUUAUUUGUAAAGCUGUAUAGAAAACGGCAAUACUGAUAUUAAUUUUUCGUACAUAUUUACGCAAUAGGAACUUGUCAAAUUCAAAUAUUAAUAUUUAAUUUUUUUAUCGAACGGCGGAGUCAUAAAGCUUUGACUGUGAUUAUUGAUUAUUUAUAUAUAUACAUGUAUCAUUGUUGGUUAAAGGGAAGCUAUGGGAAUAAAUUGAUGCAGCAAAAUCAAAUAUUUUUUUAAACAAAUACAUACCAAGUUACAUGACAAACAAAUACACUACACCAAGGAUAUGAUGAAUAUUCCUAGAUAGUGCAGAAAAUUGCAUUUAAUAAGCAGUUUGCGGGAGCCAUGUUUGUUCAAAUCUCCCGGGCGAAUGACGUCAUGGAUGCAGUGUGGUUUUUCCAUCAAGGCGAGUACUACUUGUUUCCACUAAGUUUCCAGACCUUUUUCUGCCCUGGUACCUUGGCUCAAACGCAUAGGGAACUAGACCUGCUCGUUCUUCUGCUGAUGCACGGUUGUAAUCGAAGGAUUCAUCGCCGGACGUCGACGAAAUCGAAGAACUGUCAUCUGUCAUUUCGCUGUCAUUCCAAGCAUUCGCCAUUGUUCGAACAGCUGAUUGUCACAAUGGCUGCAUCCAUGACGUCAUUGGCUCUCCGUUUGGAGGAGAAACUAGAUUAAAAUCCACCAAGAUGGCGGCAUACUUGAUUAAAAAAUAAGCAAUUAAAAUCAUCCAUUUCACUUAUUAAUGUUUGUUUAUUUAUAAAACCAAGAGCCACAGUUGUUGUUAAGAAUACGCAGUUUACGUAGAUGUUAAGGUUGUAACUGUUGGUCGAAUGGGAAAUCAUUCCCAUAGCUUCCCUUUAAAUUGUAUAAGUCAUUUUGUAUGCGUGUUUUCCUGUAAAUAAAUUUGAUUUGAAUGCUUAGGCAAUAAAUCACACCAACCCAA